AUGGCCGCCUUUGCCGCAGGAAUAAACAAGCAGGGCUCCCUGACGACCAUGGAGCCGUGCGUUCGACACGGCCGAGCGGCCAACGGAGGCACCGUCAAGGUGCUAGAGUGUGGCGUGUGCGAGGACGUCUUCUCCCUCCAAGGGGACAAGGUGCCUCGCCUGCUGUUGUGCGGGCACACCGUGUGCCAUGACUGCCUAACCCGGCUGCCCCUGCACGGUCGAGCGGUCCGCUGCCCCUUCGACAGGCAGGUUACAGAACUGGGCGACUCUGGAGUGUGGGGGCUGAAAAAGAACUUUGCUCUUUUGGAGCUUCUGGAGCGACUGCAGAAUGGGGCCACCAACCAAUCGGGAAUGACAGAAGACGCUCUGAAGGGAAUGGGUGAGCAGUGCAUCAUCCGAUGCGACGAGGACGAGAGCCACACAGCCACCAUGUACUGCACCGUGUGCGCCACCCACCUGUGCGCCGAGUGCUCGCAGCUCACCCACUCCACCCGCACGCUGGCCAAGCACCGUCGCGUACCGUUGGCCGACAAGCCCCACGAGAAGACGCUGUGCCCGCAGCACCAAGUGCACGCCAUCGAAUUUGUGUGCCUGGAGGAAGCGUGCCAGCCGGGCCCGCUCAUGUGCUGCGUGUGCAAGGAGUACGGCAAGCAUCAGGGACACAAGCAUGCCGUCCUGGAGACAGAGGCUAACCAGAUACGGGCGUCCAUCUUGGAUAUGGCGCACUGCAUCCGCACGUUCACGGAGGAAGUGUCGGAGUACUCCAGGAAGCUGGUGGGCAUCGUGCAGCAGAUUGAGGGAGGCGAGCAAAUCGUGGAGGACGGCGUCGGCAUGGCGCACACGGAACACGUACCCGGCACAGCGGAGAGCGCUCGCUCCUGCGUGCGCGCCUACUUCGCCGACCUCCAUGAGACGCUCUGUCGUCAGGAGGAGAUGGCGCUGAGCGUGGUGGACGCCCACGUCCGCGAGAGGCUCAUCUGGUUGAGGCAGCAGCAGGAGGACAUGACCAUACUACUGUCCCAGGUGUCCACCGCCUGCCUACACUGCGAGAAGACGCUGCAGCAGGACGACUGCAGAGUGGUGCUGGCCAAGCAGGAGAUUAACUGUCUGCUGGAGACUCUUCAGAAGUCUCAGCAUCAAUUCACAGAAUUGGCCGACCACAUCCAACUCGACGCGGGAAUCCCUGUCACCUUCACCAAGGACAACCGGGUCCAUAUUGGUCCCAAAAUGGAGAUUCGUGUUGUGACUCUGGGACUGGACUGUGCUGGGAAAACCACCAUCCUGUUCAAGCUCAAACAGGACGAGUUCAUGCAGCCCAUUCCCACUAUAGGUUUUAACGUGGAGACAGUGGAAUAUAAGAACUUGAAAUUUACCAUCUGGGAUGUGGGAGGAAAGCACAAACUGAGGCCAUUGUGGAAACACUAUUUUCUUAACACACAAGCGGUCAUUUUUGUGAUAGACAGCUGUCAUCGGGACCGACUGAUGGAGGCGCACAGCGAGCUGGCCAAGCUGCUGACUGAGAAAGAGCUGAGAGACGCCCUGCUUCUCAUCUUUGCCAAUAAGCAGGACGUACCAGGCGCCGUGUCGGUGGAGGAGAUGACAGAGCUACUUAGCCUGCACAAGCUGUGCUGCGGCAGAAGCUGGCACAUCCAAGGCUGCGAUGCCCGCAGCGGGAUGGGUCUUCACGAGGGCCUGGAUUGGCUGUCCAGACAGCUGGUGGCCGCUGGGGUCCUGGACGUGGCCUAG